AUGAUCAUUACGUGCAUCGUCAUGAGCGUGCAGUUCGGACAGAACGUCGGUGUCACUCUCCUCGGUGUGUUUGCGUUGCGCGAGGCCGAUUAUAUGCCGAAGCUAACAUUUACCUUCGAUCGUGUAGCGAUCAUAUUCUCUUUUUUAUUCAGCCUCAUUUCCUGUGAAAGCGUUGGUCGGACCAACCUAAUUCCCGUCGGCGCAACCGGUUCCAUGCUGGUAGCCAAUGCUUCACAGCUGAUCUUCGGAGGUUUAGCAAGUAGUCAAAACUACCCCGUCAAACGCUCCCAGCUCCUGACCUUGCUUUCUGGAAUGUUGACGCUAGGCAAGUUCAAUCAAUCGUUCAAACAUGACAAGCUGCUUGAACAUCCCGGGCAUAUGAUCCAGGAUCUGAAGACCGCGCACCUUCUCCGAGCGUCUCCUAGGGCUGUCUUCGUUGCUCAGCUUUGUGGAGCCGUGGUCUCGAUUUUUGUAUCAGCUGGUCUCUACGUCGUGUUUUCAACCGCUUACCCCUGUAUCAACGACUUGGACCACACGACAUGCCCAUUCUCCACGCCUAGUGUACAGGCAUGGCGUGCAGUAGCAGUUGCUGUGACUUCGAAAACGUUACCAAUCCCACCGUCGUCUGGGUAUACGGCCAUCGCACUUGGAUUCACGGCUGCCAUUUCCGUCGUGGCAAAGUAUACGGUGGUUCCUCCCAGAUAUCACCCCUUCAUGCCCAACUUCAAUGCUAUUGGAAUUGGGAUGAUGAUGAAUGUAUCCGUGUACCCUCUGGCGAUGUCGCUCGGGUCGACUCUUGCAUUCUUUUGGAGAACCAAGUUCUUUAAUAGCUACCAGACAUAUUGUUUUGCUAUUGCAGCAGGGUUUAUCGCAGGGGAAGGUGUUGGUAGUACCGUGAAUGCCGUUUUCACGAUUCUGGGCGUUUCUGGUGCGACAUAUGGGUCAUCAGCCGGUUGUCCUGGUGGGAUUUAUUGUGGAUAG